AAGGACCCACUUCCAUUCUAAAAUCUAAAUUCAUAGACGACACACCCAAAACAAAUCCUAAAAAUCCCUCCAAUACGACUCGACAAUGGCUCGAGGACGGAAGAAAAAGGAGUACCGGAACUGGCUGGGUCUCCCAAAUGACUUGACGGUGUCGAUUCUCCAGAGGCUGGGCGCAAUCUAUCUCUUAGAUAUCAACAUCGAGAUAAUGUGGAAGCACGCCAUCGAUCGCAGUUGCGAGAUAUCAACAUCGACUACUUUGCCUCCGACCAACCCCUCCUCUACAUCACCCAAAGCAAAACUUCCAUUAUUGGAGGAGCUAGACAUGAUGAUUUCUUCAACGUCAGAAGAACUUUUGAAAGCUUUGAAAGCUUUUGGGCGCUAUUGUCCUCUUUUGAAAUCAUUAAAAUGGAACCAGCUUUGGGAUGGCAACCUCGCAUUCGCAUAG